AUGCUGCUUUCAAUCUCCUUAAUGCUGAGGAGAUUCCUGCAGCCGCUACAGGAAGAUAAUGCUUUAACAGGGAACCUUGGUGCUGCCAGUGACAACUCUCUUCAGCCUACCACACCAUCUCAACCCAAGGCCACUGAGAGGCUUCCAGACCUCAACCAGAAGGUUCUACACAUCUCGCAUUCACUCUCCAGAAUCCCAGUACUGGAGGAAGAAGGCCAUCUGCAAUGGGAAGAGUCAAGGACUGCAUGUAGCUCCAACAUCUCAGCAGAGCGGGGAGGCUACUGUUCCUCCCAUCCGGAAGCUACUGCAUCCCAUCCGCAACAAGAGGGAUCAAACCUGUGUGGUGAAAGACAUCUACCUCCACUUCACCAAGCCAUUGAAGGCAGUCCAUGGAGCCAAAAUAGUCGCCAAGAUGCCACUGCCUCCCAUUAGAGCCAGAGUGCCAAACAAUGAUGCCAAGAAGGAUCCAUUCCAGCCAGUCAGACCAGAGGGCAGCCCUCGUCCUGCUGCUUCAAAGUUCAGAAGGCAGGUUGUGAAGAAACACAUUCAGUUCAAGACCCUAACUGUACAGGAUCUAUCACCAUGCCCCGAUGAGAUGGUAUGGGUUGUCUUCAAUUCGGAGGCUGAGCAGGUGAUGGCAUAUCUGAAGGCCAAGCUGAUCAGUGUCACCCAGGAAUUAAACCUGAUCAAGGGUGUGGCCAAGAUGGAUGCUCAGGCUUUGGAGGAGAAAAAUGCAAAGGAACAAGGUGAAGAAGUACAUCUGGGAGAUCUGCCUGAUGAAGGUGGAUACUGA